AUGUCUUCAUGGGGACUAUCUCGAGAUAUUGUUGUCCCACAAGUUCUCGACGGCAUUCUUCAAUAUACUCUAAUGGAGCUCGUAGCUCCCUCAGAACCUGGCGACGACUGGACUCUUCGGGACAAGGCCAGUCGGCCACCACCAUCAAUUCCCGUAACAAGCGCUAUGCCAGGUAUACCGAGCAUCAUGGCACAUCAUCGAUUUUGA